ACUCUAAAAAUUACUAAACAUACUCUCAGUUCAAUAUUAAUUAAGGCAUUUCAAACUACUAACUAUUAUAAAGAAAGAAUUUAUAUAAUAUGCGUUUAAAACAUCAAAACUGUCUGAUAAUUUAUCGGGAGUUCUGGAUACAACAAAUAAUAGACUAUUUUCCAUCUCUACAUUUUCUUAAAUAAUUUAAUACCCGCUGCAACCAUAGUUUAAUCAAUCACAGAUUUCAAGCAUUUGUUGACAAUAUUUGUUUGACAUUUCAACCAACAUGUGUAUCAUUGAAUUGUCAUAAUAAAAUCCAAUCUUCGUGACUUUUUGUGCCAAAAAAUACAUGAAAUUCGCGUUUUUCAAUAAAACAUUAUUAAUUAAUAUAUUUUAUUAGAAAUAUAUGCUUUAAAACAAAAAACUUUAACGUCUUUAAUACAAAUUUAUAAAGCUUUUAGAUAAUGGAAGUAGAAAACGGCGAAGCACAAAUUCAGGUGCGGCUUAAAACUAAACAAGAGCAUUUAGCCGUACCAGAUGUUCCGUACACAAUUGAAGGAAACUUGACUACCGCAGACUUGAAUACAUUUGUAAAUACUUUGCUGGAGCAGGAUGCUCUGAAUAGUGAAUACAACUCACCGAUUGAAUUUGAUUUUAUUGUGUUUGAUGAAUAUUUGCGUGGUCGUUUGUGUGAUCACAUACGUGAAAAAGAAGUUUCUUUUGAAGAUACUAUUGACAUGGAAUAUGUUGAACGUUUUCCCGCACCAGAACCUCAGGAAUGUCUGUUACAUGAUGAUUGGGUUUCCGCUGUAAAAGCCAGUGACAAAUGGAUAUUAACCGGAUGUUAUGAUAAUACCAUAAACAUAUGGACAGUGAAAGGCAAACAUGUAUUAACCAUACCUGGCCAUACACAGCCUUUAAAGGCAGUUGCUUGGAUAUCGAUUGAUGAUCAACGUGGAAAAUUCGUUUCUUGUUCACAAGAUCAGACUGCCAUGCUGUGGGAGUGGUUGGUUGGAACGAAUUCGGUGGAAUGCGUCUCGGUAUGUAAAGGACAUGAGCGGGGCUUAGAUUGUGUUGAUGUUAGUCCGGAUAAAACAAAGUUUGCUACAGGCAGUUGGGACACAAUGUUGAAAAUAUGGUCGGCAGAAAUAAAUGAAAGUGGUGAAGGUACGGUCUCUACUAAGAGACAAAAAGAAAGUGGCACAACAAGGGUUCCUGAUAUUACUCUGCAAGGACAUCGCGAAUGUAUAUCUUCUGUACAAUGGAUGGACGCUGAAACAAUUUUAACAGGCAGUUGGGAUCAUACUUUGAAAAUUUGGGACUUACACCUUGAAGGCAUUAAAUCAGAAAUUUCUUCAAAUAAAUCAAUUUUUGAUGCAAGUUAUUCAAAAUUAAAUCGUCUCAUUAUGACCGCAUCAGCGGAUAAAAACUUACGACUUUACGAUCCACGCACAAACCAAGGCAACCUUGUUCGUAACACAUAUUUUGGGCACAGUCAAUGGGUGCAAACAGUCAUGUGGUCCUCAACGGAAGAAUACUUAUUUAUAUCUGGUUCAUAUGAUAAUCAAAAUAAAUUAUGGGAUUAUAGAAGCCCUAAGGCUCCGCUCUACGAUUUGCUUGGACAUGGAGACAAAGUAUUGGACAUUGAUUGGUCAAAUCCAAAGUAUAUCGUGUCUGGCGGUGCUGACAAUACUGUGAGAGUUUUUAAGUCUCGAAAAGCAGCGGUGCCCGAAACAAUGGAUGAUACCAAAUAAAGGCAACUGGCCUGUACCCAUGAAUUUUCUAAGAAAAUGUAUCCAUGUAUGGUUUUUACUUUUAAUAGUUAAAUUAAAUUUUGAUAAAACGAAGAACAUAAAUAUUGCAGCAAUAAAUACUAAGAAUUGACAGUAAAA